AUGGGCUGGCGGCUGCUGCCCGCCGUGCUCCUGGCCCUGGCGCUGGGCGGCCCCGCGGCGCGGGCGCAGAACGAGACGGAGCCCAUCGUCCUGGAGGGCAAGUGCCUGGUGGUGUGCGAUUCCAACCCGACCACCGACGCCAAGGGCUCGUCCUCCUCUCCGCUGGGCAUCUCGGUGAGGGCGGCCAACUCGAAGGUCGCCUUCUCGGCGGUCAGGAGCACCAACCACGAGCCCUCCGAGAUGAGCAACAAGACGCGCAUCAUCUACUUCGACCAGAUCCUAGUAAACGUGGGCAAUUUUUUCACAUUGGAAUCUGUCUUUGUGUCACCCAGAAAAGGAAUUUACAGCUUCAGUUUUCAUGUGAUUAAAGUCUACCAGAGCCAAACAAUCCAGGUUAACUUGAUGCUCAAUGGGAAGCCAGUCAUCUCUGCUUUUGCUGGGGACAAGGAUGUCACUCGUGAAGCUGCCACUAAUGGAGUCCUGCUCUAUCUAGACAAGGAGGAUAAGGUUUACCUGAAGUUGGAGAAAGGUAAUCUGGUUGGUGGAUGGCAGUAUUCUACAUUUUCUGGCUUUCUGGUCUUUCCACUGUAAAGUCAAUUUUCCUGUGACGUUUGUCCGGUUGUGGAGUCGUCAUUGCCCCUGUCACACGAAGAUCAUUCUGUCAUCGUGGGAUUGAUGUUUCCUUAUUGGUUUUUCAUGGGUGAAUAUGGAUUCUCUUUAUGGAUUUUGGCCUCAUCUGAACUACACAGAAGUUUCACAGAAUUUUGUGUGUUUGAAUACAAUAUGUUUGGAUUGAGACUAAAGCAGACGAUAAAUACCUGUGCUUAAUGUUACGGUCUAAAGCUGCCUGCACAUUUUAUUCAGAUUUCGUUUACUGGACUUAUGGAUUCGUGA